CUUGAGAUGGGGCCGACUAACUGCGGUAGACAUCGCCGAGACUUCGUCCCCCCAACGAGGGAGAUCUACUGGUCGAUAAACGACUCACUUGACUCCAAUCGACCGCAAUGAGUUUGGAAAUCCUUGAUCUCCAUCUUCAUGCCCAAUUCCGUCACUCCCUUGCCUCAUCUCCAUAGUAUUUUCUUUUCCCAUGGCGCAUUUUUCACUGCCAUUCUCAAACCGUUGGAGAAGCUAGGACAUGGCCCGGCAUAGCAUAGUGUAGUACACUAGCAGUUCCUCGUCCGCCUGCCUCAACUCCAAUCUUUCACUCCACCGGAACACGCUCCCCACAUUGCAAUUUCUCGUAUUCCGUUGCACUAAGCAGAGACUAAAAAGUAACCCAUCAAGGUUCCAUAGGUCCAUCGAUGGUGGUCCAUUCCAUGGUGCUCGGGCGGCUAUCCUUUUCAAGCGCCUCGCAGGGAAUCACUACAUGGGAGGGUACUUGACUUUCUCCGACAAGACAGAUAAAGAAAAGAAACAAAGGUUGCCCAGCUACAGCAUUCGCAGCUCGCUUCGCCCUUCAGUUCCAGGUCCCUCAUCCCCAACCCCGGUUCUUGUCUUGGUCCUUGUCCAUGUCGCCUACGGUGCCGGGCGCGACGGCACUGCUGCGGUAAGUGCACGCUCCGGCCCGAGCAGAACCAGCCAACAGGGUCAAGUUGCGAAAGUCUCAUGUUCCACUGUGCAAUCGUACAACCCUUUACUCAAACUCAGACCCUGGCCUGUGUUCUGCCUAGUCUGCAUCUGGCUGCUUCAGGGAACGCAAGGACAAAUUGCCGGCCUGGUCGUGCUGGAUCGGGACCAGGCAGGGACUGCAAACUGA